UUGAAACAGGAAGAGAAAAGAAGGGAUAAGAACAAAGAGAAUCCAAGAGAGAGAAAGAAUGAAAACGGCGUUGGUCUUUGAACAGUCACUUUAAAUUCUUCACACUCUCUUCACAAUUCCUAUUUUCUCAUCGAUCAUUUCCUCUCAAUUCACUUCACAUUCAGAUUCUUGAAACUCGUGGAUCGGUUCAGGAGUUCCUUUGCUGAAUCCAGAUUUAAAUACGUUCACAAUGGGAAUAUAUCUCAGCACUCCCAAAAUUGAAAAGUUUUCCGAAGAUGGUGAAAACGAGCAUCUUAGAUAUGGUUUAUCAUCCAUGCAAGGGUGGCGCGCAACAAUGGAAGAUGCUCAUGCUGCAUAUACUAAUCUGGAUGGUUCAACUUCAUUUUUUGGUGUCUACGAUGGUCAUGGAGGUAAGGUGGUUGCAAAGUUUUGUGCGAAGUUUCUCCACCAAGAGGUGCUCAAAAGUAAAGCAUACUUAACUGGAGAUAUUGGAACCUCCCUUCAGAAAUCCUUUUUAAGAAUGGAUGAGAUGAUGCGUGGUCAAAGGGGAUGGAGGGAAUUAUCAAUAUUGGGGGAUAAGAUAAACAAGUUUAGUGGGAUGAUAGAAGGUUUGAUUUGGUCUCCAAGAAGCAGUGAUGGUAAUUGCCGAGUUGAUGAUUGGGCUUUUGAGGAGGGGCCUCAUUCUGAUUUUGCUGGACCAACUUCGGGAAGCACUGCCUGUGUUGCAGUUAUUAGAAACAACCAGCUUGUUGUUGCAAAUGCUGGUGAUUCGCGAUGUGUGAUAUCUCGGAAGGGUCAGGCAUACAAUUUGUCUAGAGACCACAAACCUGAUCUUGAGAUUGAGAGGGACAGAAUCUUAAAAGCUGGUGGUUUUAUUCACGCUGGACGAGUUAAUGGAAGUUUAAAUCUUGCAAGAGCUAUUGGUGACAUGGAAUUUAAACAGAAUAAAUUUCUUCCUGCUGAGAAACAAAUUUUAACUGCCAAUCCAGACAUAAACACUGUUGAGCUUUGUGACGAAGAUGAAUUUGUGGUGUUAGCUUGUGAUGGAAUAUGGGAUUGCAUGUCAAGUCAACAACUUGUAGAUUUUAUUCAUGCCCAAUUGUGCACGCAAACCAAACUUUCUGCCGUGUGUGAAACAGUACUUGACCGGUGUUUGGCACCAUCAACUGCCGUUGGCGAGGGAUGUGACAAUAUGACCAUGAUCUUGGUGCAGUUCAAACGACCUGCUCAGUCCAGUGCAUCAACAGAAGAGCAAUCCUCUUCAACCGGACAAGCUGAACCUGAAACACAACUAGAGAGAAGUGAAAGUUAG